CAUUAUGUGAAGAUAUUUUAUAUAAUGCACAGCAACUUACUCCUUUACAAACUAUUAUAUUAAAUGAUACAAUAGAAAAUAAAGCAUUAAACCAAAUAGAACAUUAUUUUCAAUCAAAUGGAAUGUUGCUAAAAAAUUUUCCUCAUAUGCCAAUUCUUUCAAUACAAAAUAUUCAUUCUAACUUUACUAAUAAUAAUUUAGAUCAAUUAAUUUAUGAAGAAAGAUCAUAUGAUAUCAUUUAUUUGACAGAAUAA